AUGGCAGCGGUGGUCUCUUCCUGCUUCGUCCUGCUGUGUUGGGUCCUCCGAACGUCUAGCCUCGCAUUCCCAGAGGAACCAGGGCCCCUCAACUUCAUCCCCACUGAAGUGGUGAGACGAUACCCUGUAUUUCUGGGCCGACCGCACAGAACAUGGCUGAGGCAUGAGCCUCUACACAUCCAGAGGAUCAUUCGGGUCAAUCGGACUCUCUACAUCGGUGCCAGGGAUGAUCUUUUCCGGGUGGAGUUGGACAGUGUUGCAGGGGAUGAAAUGUUUUACAGCAAAAAAAGGACAUGGGAGUCAAACAAGAAUGAUAUCAGGAUCUGCAGGAUGAAGGGCAAACAUGAGGAUGAGUGUCGUAACUUCAUCAAAGUGCUGCUCAGCAGACAAGGAGGCUUGUUUUUGUGUGGGACCAACGCCUUCAACCCGCUGUGUGCCAACUACACUGGAGACACUUUGGAGAUGAUAGGGGACCCGGUCAGUGGGAUGGCGAGAUGUCCGUAUGACCCCAAACACGCGAACGUUGCUCUGUUUGCAGAGGGGAAUCUGUUUACAGCCACAGUCACAGACUUCUUGGCCAUUGAUGCGGUGAUUUAUCGCAGCCUCGGAGACAGUCCCGCUCUGCGCACCGUCAAGCACGACUCCAAGUGGUUCCGAGAGCCAUAUUUUGUAAGUGCUGUGGAAUGGGGGCCUCACAUCUACUUCUUCUUCAGAGAGAUUGCCAUGGAGUUCAAUUACUUGGAGAAGGUGGUGGUGUCGCGUGUGGCCCGUGUGUGCAAACGUGAUCAGGGCGGGUCGCAGCGAGUCCUGGAGAAACAGUGGACAUCGUUCCUGAAGGCCCGUCUGAACUGCUCCAUACCCGGGGAUUCCCACUUCUACUUCAACCUGCUGCACUCCACCAGCCCCGUCAUCAGGAUGCACGGCAGGGACGUCAUCCUGGGCGUGUUCUCCACACCGGCUAACAGCAUACCAGGCUCGGCCGUGUGCGCCUUUGACAUGGAGCAGCUGGCUGCCGUGUUUGAUGGAAGGUUUAAGGAGCAGAAAUCACCAGAGUCUAUUUGGACGCCUGUUCCAGAUGAGCUCCUCCCAAAGCCAAGACCCGGUGGCUGUGCAGUUCAAGGAUCCAAGUUCAAUUCCUCCAACUCAUUCCCUGAUGAGAUGCUGAACUUUGUCAAGACGCAUCCACUGAUGGACGAAGCGGUGCCAUCGCUCGGACAACGACCCUGGAUAGUCAGAACCAUGGUCAGGUACCAGUUGAAUAAGAUAGUGGUGGAUACAGAGGCUGGGCCUUACAGGAACUGUACUGUUGUAUUCCUCGGAUCGAGCAGAGGGACCAUCCUCAAGUUUCUCAUUAUGCCGAACCAGGACAACACCGUAACCAACAGCAACAUCUUUCUGGAGGAACUGGAGGGAUUCAACCCUGACAAGUGUGCGGAGGACUCUUUGCAGGCCAGGCAGCUGUUGUCUCUGACUCUGGACCGGGCGAGCCACACUCUCCUGCUCACCUUUCCCUCCUGUGUGGUCAGAAUACCGGUGGCAAGAUGCCAGCUUUACUCCCGAUGCAUGAAGAACUGCAUUGCCUCCAGGGACCCGUACUGCGGCUGGACCAGAGGAAGCACCUGCUCCUUCCUCAGACCUGGAACCAGACUGCCGUUCGAGCAAGAUGUUGAACACGGCAACGUGGCCCACUUGGGCGACUGUGACGGCAUGCUGCUGCAGGAGAGUUUCGUCGAGGAGCCCGACGGCCUGGUGUCUGUAAACCUGCUGGUGGUGUCUGCAGUUUCAGCUUUCUCCACGGGAGCUAUCCUCUCUGGUCUCACCGUCUGCUGGAUCAUGAGCCAUCGCCAUCGCCACUCCCGGGGCACUGGAGCCAACGGCAGCCGGCGCAAAAAUGACAAAGAGCAGAGCAUGCUGGGCCAGGGCCGUAGCGGGUCGGUGAUGAGUGUAACAAGAACCAGUGGAGGCGAGAGACGUCGUUCUCAGGCAGAUAACCUCUUUGUGAUGCCCAACGGCUGGCCCAAGGGAGAGAUGGAUCCAGGCUUACUUCCUACUCCUGAGCAGACCCCGUUGCAGCAGAAACGAGUCAUGUGUCUCUCGGACACAGACUGGGACCAGAGUCAGACAUUCCUCGCCUCUGUAGGAACCCCCUGUCCCAACAAUGCUGUCAUCUACCUGAGCUCCAAGUUCUUGCAUGGAGGUGGAGGGGUAGUCCGAAUAGAGGACCCUGGAGAGGUGGUGCUGCCCCCACACACAGAUCGCCAGCGUUACCUGAUUUUGGCCACACAGCGAGGGGAGCACGGUGGCAGCCGUCCCUCUGGCAACCUGAGGAACUCAGCAGGGGAGUACAUCUACCCCGCCACACCACAGGAAUCGCCCGAUCGGCGCAGAGUGGUGUCUGCACCCACUCCACACAUGGACUACGGGGAGCCUCGCUGGAGUCACGAGGCACUCAACUACAACUGCAACAAUGGAGUGCCCUAUCACUCUCAGCGCCAGGGCCUCAUCAGGCCUGAUAUGCACGGGCCUCGGGGGCUGGGAGAUCUGGCUGAGUUCGGCCAUCUUCUGGGGAAGAACAUGGGAGAGCACACCCCCAGUGGCCAGUGAGAUGACGUAGGUGGGCUCUCUCUGAAAACCCCGUUUGCAC